AAUCAUGCACAUCCAAACUCCUACCAAAGUUUUAAUGAACACAUACUAUAUCCUGAAGAUCAUGAAUAUUUAUACUCAAAAAAUCAAGACAAAUUAGAACAAGUUCUCUUGCUAUAUAUAAUAGCUCAAAAUAAUAAGAUGAAUGAAGAAAUUCAAGUUGAACAAUAUAGAUUACAAGAAUUAGAGGAUAGCUUAAGUGUUAAUGAUGCUGAUGGUCAAGAAUAUAAUAAAAAUAGAAUUGUUUUACAAGAAGAUCAUGAAAAUCAAAAUUGUGAACAACAUUAUGAUUAUAAGCAACAGCAUGAUAAUGAACAGUAUCACGAUCAAAAACAAUCAUAUAAUUAUAGAAAUUGCAAUAAUGAGUUGUAUGGAUAUAAAAAUCAUAAUCGUGAGCUUCCUUUAAAAGAAGUUAAAAUUAAUUCUUAUUUGUCUGAGAUCUCAAAUCUGGAACAUCAUAGGCCAAAAGGCAUCCACCCAAAUGACUAA